UAGAGAUCACCCCAAGUCCUCAUCUGCACGAUUAUAUCCUCCCUAAUCUGGAGGAGAAAGUGAUAAUCCCAGUUACUGGACUGGUUCCUGGGUGACUUCAGUGAUGUGAUGAUGUGCUGUGAGUCAGGAACUGGUGUGUGAGUGUGUGGUGAAUGAGAUCAUCUGUCCUGGAACACACACUUCUUUGUCGUUUGAUCAGCAGUCAAUUCACUUCUUGUCAACCUCAUGACACAUACACGUGCAGGAAACCUGUAGAAACUAGAAACCAGGCAAAGUUACUUGACUGGUUUGAAGUCUCAUUAAUGAAAUUAAGCUUAUUUAUGGCUUAAUUUGUGGCCUCUUGUUUAGAAUGGCAUUUAUUAUUUGUUGGUUUCAGUCUCCUCCUUUUUACAAUAUUGACAUGAAGCUCCACUGGUUCUCUGUCAAGGGGAUUGUUUGUCAUUCGGUUUAUGCAAAACCUUCCUAGAUUUCCAUGAAACUUGAGACAAGGGCCAACAGAGAACCCAUUAAAUUCUAAUUUUUUCCCCACUUUCUUUCCCCUCACAUCCAAUUUGAGUGUGGUUUUGAGUUUUCUCUUUUCAGAAUCAUAAUUUCUGCAUAUUUAUAUUAUUUUCUUGUUUGUAUUGUUAUAUAUUUGGCCGAUAAUUGUAUUCUACUAGAUCGGGCACAAGAGUCCCCUUAGGGAGAAAAAACAGUUAUAUUUCUCAGGAGAUUGGGGGCUCUUGUGACAUUUUUAGAAGUGCUCGAUUGCAUUUAAUGGCUGAAGAGUCCAAACAUGCAAAGCUUCACAGAUUCCAGUGUGUUUCCACCCAACCGAAAGUCUGCCAUUUGUUCUUGUAACUUGUUACGUGUGUGCUGAGGCUGUGGAAGAGAGGGUGGGUCAGUGUUUUUUAGAAUUGUCUUGGGUGGAGCCGCAGUGUAGAUAAUACUUUUGGAGUAAAACCAGGUGGAGCUUGGCAGAGGUCAGUCUCUGGAGUCUGGUAAAGACACUUGAAUAUUUGAUGCACUGAGGAGAUGUGGUUCAAAGGUUUAAUGCAUCUUUUUGUGUUUCCUGCCUGAAGCAUGUGGUGUCUCUCUCUAUAAAGUCUUGAUUAUACUAUGUAAAGUGGCCCUGUAUAAAUAACGCUGAAUGCUGUUGUAGGACUGGUUUAGCCUCGAACUCGUCACUGAGGGCAGUGCUCGUCGUAUUGGGACAUGGACAUCGCCGCCUCCAGUGCAAAGCAUCCAAAUGUCAACACUCCCCUUUGCUACCAUGCAGCUUGUGUGUAACGUCAUGGCGGGAUGGGACCAAAGUCUGUUUACACAAGCAUCACAUUGACGCACAACUGGUCCAUUGUUGUUGUUGUUUUUCUCUUCUUGCCUUUGUCCCCUCAUAGGAGAAAACCAGAGAUGAAUCCAAACCCUGUGAGCCGCUGGUUCGAUCGCUGGAGCGGCUCCAGGAUGAGUUUAAUGUGUCAUCUAUGAAUACCAUGAGGCACCGUCUGGAAAUAAUAGCCAAACAACAAGGAAUGGGCUUCCACAUCACUGACAACACGUGCUACCUCACAGCCGACUUAUUCUACCUGGAGGUGGUGUUGGUGGCGUGUGGGGGAGUGGAGGAGGUGAAGGUGGCCCCUCAGGGAGCACCCCCUGCUUCCAGUGAGUCUCUCCUGCAGCUGCUGAGGUCAAAGAACUUUGCUGAAUUCUCCAUGAAGUUAUCGAGCCUCUUCACCCAGUACAACAUCCCAGGAGACAGUGAAACCAAAUUAAAACUUUUCGCAUCUCUUCAACACCUCGGGAAGGACUUGCAGCAAUUAUCACAUCUGCCAAGGACACAGAAGGACUGUGACCCCCAGAUGGACAUGGUUAACAAUGGAAGGAUCGGGUGUCUAAUAGCCGGAAAAGAUGAUUCCCCCCUGACCAUCGAGUUCUUCAUGACCCCGACUGACUUGAAGAAAUCAGAUUCACCUCUUGUUUUUAAAGAAGCAACAGAUCCCAGGUCAGCUGUCCAUGUCGCCCAGGUGACUGUGGGUGUCAGCGACCUCGCUCACAAGCUUCAGAUGGCGUCUGUGAUCCCGCAGCCUCCACAGCUGGAUCCGCAGGGCUACCCGGUGUUCCUGCCGCUGGUUGAGGGACCACAUGAGACGCUGCCGGCCUGCUUCCUCCUCAAGCUGCAGCCGCCCGUACCAGUGGUGACAUCUUUUGUGAAGAAGCUGAUCCAAAUCACAGACGUGACUGUGGCAGAUGUUGACCUGCAGUGGGCACCAUUACCCCAGCAUCUGAUGAGAGGUUCAGCGAGUGCAAACCACCAUGGAGAGACGUUAGAUGAGCAGGAUACUGUUUUUACAGUGCCUCUUCCUGGUGGUGUGAUGCACAGUUAUAUUGUCCCUGGAGCUGCAUGGCAGGCGCCCGCACAGAGAGCGACACUGAUGGACAGUGUUCCCUUCACCCACCCCGCCCACGUCCCGGCUGCACUGGAGCUGCUGCGUCAUCAGUGUGUGAUCAACGCCCUGCUGAGGAGCUGCGUCACGUCUCAGAGCGCCCGUCCAGGUUCGGUUUGUGACCUGCGCUUCGAAGUCCUUCCCGAGUCUGACACCAGCUUUUCUGUGACUUUCCACCCGCCCGGCACGGACUCCCUGGCUGUUUUGCUGGUGAACGUGUGUGACUCUCAUCAGAUCAGCUGCAGGUUGUUUGGAGCAGGACCAUGUGAUCUCUCCAUGGAUGAACACGUCUCCACUGUAAUGACGAGGUGCUUGUCCGUUCCUGUGACCCUGAGCUCAUUAUACUCUCAGCUCGGGGAACGCCCCUCUGCCUCGCUUUCUCCCGCCCGCCCGGCCGCCACAGAGGCUGCAAAUGACCACUCAUCUCCCUCGAGUGCCGCUGUGACGGAGGCCAACGGCACCGUGACGGAGUCCCAGGGUGCAGCUGUGGCAGGGGACAGCUCCAGUGUUUCUGGCUCCGCCUGCUAUGCCAUGUCUGUCGCCAACGAUGAGCUUCUCCCUGAAAUAAACACGAGUCCUGCUGCCAACCUUUACACGUUCAGUGCCGAGGAUGUGGACGUGUUUUCACAGUGGAUGAGCAGUAACGGCGAACUGUCAAAGCUCAGCUGAAACUGUCAGCGACGUCCAAAGUGUUUUAUAAUUUGUGAUUAUACAUAUUUUUGGAUUUGAUUUAAUGUUUUUGCUAAGCAGCUGUAAGGUGGGCACGUCAACUCCAAAAACCAAAUCAUGGUAACUUCUAUUGGUCUGUUUGUAAUUUGCACCUUCUCUGGUAUGAUCUCCUGAAUCUCCUGCAAAGAGCUGAAGUGUUUCUAAAGAUGCAUUCCAGUGUGGCAGAGAUUACUGCCUGUAAAGGUUUGAGGUUUGGCAUUUGACCUCCCUCAGACAGCCAAGAUCCCGGUUGUGAGCCAAUCAGACAUUGUGGAAAAUAAAGCACAUUUUACACUCUUCACGGUAGAAGUCAGCGCUCUGCUUGUUAGGAUUAAAAAGUAGAGAGGUGGAGAUUGUUUGUGUCGAUGUGGAUACAAAGUCUGGAAUUGUAUUCUAGCCCUGAAGCAUUUAAAUAAAGUUUUGCACGAUAAAGAAAUGACGUCUGGAGUGAAUGUGUGGGAGCUGAAAACCUCAGUGGAAUGAAAACCUCCACGGUAACAAAUCUCCUGAUUACUGCUGAGCAAAAUUCUGCUUUUCCUGGGUGUCGGCCAAGACGGCUACCGAUAUAAUAUAACACAAAUACCACCUGUCUGUAUACCAUCAAAUAUUUAGACAUCUGAGGCAGUAAAGCAAACAUGUGCCCAUAUAAAGCUCCAUCAUAGGGAAGAAGAAAAGUUGCAUCGACUCCUGUGUGUCUCAUACCGGGUCAGAAUAGAACUUUUAUCACUGUUGAACCUACAGAUCUGUUGUCUGUGUCGAUCACAAAGGAAUUUAACACGUAUCCAGGAUUUAAAGGAUUUAAAGUCGACUGUCAACAGCUGACAACUGCUUUUGUCCAGCGCUCGCAUCGACGUAUCCAAUGACCUGUAUGACGUCUAAUUAUAGAAACAUUCCAGCCAGUGUGGUUAAACUCCUCAUCUGUCACAGAGCCUUUAUCCUUAGAAUACGAGAGAGCUUAUGUGUCUGUGAGCGGAUUGGUGAAGGACGAGUC